AUGCAUUCCACCAUCGCAAUCUCCUCCCUCCUCGUCGCCGCCUCCAGCGUGAUUGCUCUUCCCCAGGGAACCAACCUCGACACCUCCGUCACUGUCAUCCUCCAGAACCAGGCGAUCGAGCUCGGCUCGCAAACUACCUUCGGGAACGUCAACUCCGCCCAGACCCAGCCUCCUGUCGGCUCCAGCGGUCCUUACUCGACCAUCGAGAUCAACCUCGGAGCAGAUGUCGCCAACACUGCGCUCCGCUGCCAGGCGCUCGACGUGAGCGGCGCGCCUCUGAUCGCCAUCCGCGGCGACAACACCGACACGACCUUCUCCGACGCCGACAAGGGCGCAUGGACCUUCCUCCAGCCCUCCGAAGUCAGCGCCGUCGUGUGCGACCCGGCCUUUGUCGCCGUCGCCCCUGGCUCCUACGACGUCGUUGUUACCCUUUCCGGACCCUCUGAGCUUGCCACCCAGACCACCCUCAGCGGCGUGAAGCGCGACAUCCGAACCCCGACCGCCUCCGGUGGCCCCUACAACUCCAUCAACAUCGCCGUCGGCCCGCUCGUCAGCCCUGAGCUCCGCUGCAAGGUCAAGAACCAGGCCAACCGCGCCAUCGUCGCUACUCGCGGUGAGAACAUCGACACCACGUUCUCCGACGCCGACAAGGGUGCGUGGGCGUUCCAGAAGGAGAGUGCCGUGUCCAACAUUAUCUGCGACCCGCGCUUCGUUGCGAAGCCGCAGUAA